CUCUCUCUCUCUCUAUAAAAACCCAAAACCACCACUCUGUAAUUUCCAUGGCGAAAGCAAGAAACUUGAAGACCUCCGCAUUCACCACAAACCCACAGCCGCUGACGCCAUCGUUCCACCUACUUCCAGUCACUCCGCUCACCGCCCUCCUCUUCUCCCCGAAAACUCACCGCCUUCGAAACCCGAAGCUCUUCAGCAGCAGCAGCAACAAGCACCCAUUAGCCCUCCCAAUCUUCUACCUCUCCCUCCUAUUUUUCAUCACUUUCUUGGGAAUUUCCUUUCUUACCCUCUUCCCCUCAUUCCCUCCACUCCUCCCCUGUUCCCAUUUCUCCUCUCCAACUCCUUCUCCCACUUCUCCGGUUCCCGCCACCAAUGGAGAGGAAGAUGAUGAUCGGCCUAGACUGUCGGCCAGUGCAAUGGUGCCACUGCCGGCUCAUGGGGUUUUCGGGAACCUUUCAGAGGCGGAGAGGGAGUUCUGGCAGCAGCCCAAUGGCGAAAAUUACCGUCCUUGCUUGGAUUUCAGCCUCGGGUAUCGGAGACUCUCUCCCGGGAUUUCGGAGGAGAAGAGGAGGUUCUUGGUAGUGGUGGCGUCAGGAGGGUUGAACCAGCAGAGGAAUCAGAUUGUUGAUGCUGUCGUCAUUGCAAGAAUUCUUAAAGCUGCAUUGGUUGUUCCAGUAUUGCAGAUCAAUCUGAUUUGGGGAGACGAAAGUGAGUUCUCGGACAUUUUCGAUGUGGCACAUUUCAAAAGGACUUUACAAGCUGAUGUACGAAUAGUAUCGUCUCUUCCCUCCACACAUUUGAUGUCAAGGCAGAAUAUCGAAAGCAAGAUUCCACACGACGUUACUCCGCAGUGGAUCCUUAGCAGAUUCUAUAAUCAACUGAAGAGAGAAGGCCUUCUUGUGUUAAAAGGGUUGGAUUCUAAGCUCUCCAAGAAUCUUCCCCCGGACCUGCAGAAGCUUCGGUGUAAGGUAGCUUUUGAUGCAUUAAGAUUUGCAGCACCAAUUCGAGAACUUGGAAAUCGACUGACAAAGAGAAUGUGGAUUGAGGGUCCUUAUAUUGCACUCCAUCUCCGGCUAGAGAAGGAUGUGUGGGUCAGAACUGGAUGUCUCACUGGUUUAGGCCAUGAAUAUGAUGACGUGAUCACCAAGGUUCGGGAAUCUCGACCCGAAUACCUCACUGGACGGUUGAACAUGAGCUACACCCAGCGGAAACUAGCUGGACUUUGCCCCCUAAAUGCUUUAGAAAUAGCAAGGUUUUUGAAAGCUCUAGGCGCACCAAGAGGUGCACGGAUAUACAGCGCAGGAGGCGAGGCAUUUGGGGGCAACAGGGCUCUGCAGCCACUUGUGGAAGAGUUCCCGAAUUUGGUUACAAAAGAGAUGUUGGCACGGGAUGGAGAACUCUCUCCAUACAUGAACAAGGCUUCAGCUCUGGCUGCCAUUGACUACAUUGUGUCUCUGAGCAGUGAUGUCUUUGUGCCAUCACACGGUGGAAACAUGGGCCGAGCAAUGCAAGGUCACCGUGCCUACGUUGAACACAGAAAGUUUAUAAAGCCAAACAAGCGAGCAAUGCUGCCUCUGUUUGAAGACAACUCCAUCGGUGAUGCAGAGUUCGGAAGUAUCAUGAGAGAGUUACAUAGAAAGUCUCAGGGGCAGCCUGAACCAAGGGGUUACAGAAGAAACCGAGAUGUGAUUGCAUAUCCUGUGCCUGAGUGCAUGUGUAAGCAUAGUACAGGCAUUUUCUAGUGCCACUUCAGAAACAUUUUGUGUAUUUUUUUUUUUUUUUUUUGCUGCAAUGUUUUUCUCUUCAUUACAGCGCUACUAUUUGACCGCGCAUUGAAACAAGAAUUUACAGGCAUA